UACUGCAGUGCAAAGACGCCCUCAGUUUCCUCAGCCAGUCAGCAGUUCAAGGAAACGCGCACUUUUGUUCCAGGUUGUAAUUCGAGUGUUCUUCUGUAGGCUACCUAUACGGUUUCAGUGUGGACUUUUUCGUAAGAUCUUAAAGGGUCAAUAAUAGUUCAAUCAAUCAUGAUACUGAGGACUGUAAGUGGCGUUCUUACAGUAAGGAUUUUUCUAGCAAACAUGGUGUACACUCUGCCAUACACACCAGACUCAGACGGAUCCUGCCGCAACAAAACAGCUGAAUACUAUAACCCAGAUGUAAACCUGUGCUGCAGCAAGUGCACUUCUGGGACACGCCGGAAAGUUGUAUGCAGCUCUACCUCAGACACGGCGUGUGAACCAUGUCCUAGUGGCCAGUACAGCGGGACCUUUAAUUACUUCCCAAAAUGCUUCAGAUGUCCCAAGUGUUCAGCAGACAAAGGCCUGAAGUAUGUCCAGAAGUGCUCCAGCACCACCAAGACCCAGUGUGCGUGCCAGACUGGGAUGUACUGCGUACUGGACCAACACCCGGACUGUAAGGCGUGUGCCAGUUAUACAUACAGCAAGCCUGGUCAUGGGGUCUCUGUAGAAGGUACCACAGCUGGACAGGAGGCUGGGACAGCGGAGUCGGUUGUGGAAUGUGCAUCAUGCCCCAAUGGAACCUUCUCUGACCAGCACUCCAACACCAGGAUCUGUCAGAACCACACAGAUUGUGUGUCUCAGGGGAGGGACGUACUGACUUACGGUACAGCCACCACCGAUGCGGUGUGUGGACCGAAGGUAAAUGGACGACUGGUCUCCAUCCUCCAAACCACCACACCUCCAAGCCCACCGACCACAAUGCCAACCUCUGGUAAAGUGCAUACCACAUCAAGUCUACAGAGCAUGGAUAUGUCUACAGUACCAACCACCCUGGGCUCAAAGCUGACAUCUAGUCCCUCUGAUCAACUGGUCAUCGCUCCAAUGGAAGACAAAUCACCAGGCGUCGACCUUUGGAUAGUUGCAGGUGCUAUCGGAGGUGUUAUGUUCCUGCUGCUGAUCAUAGGCACUAUCAUUUACAAGAAAGCCUUCACUAAGUUCAGACGUGUAUCUUCUACAGAAGAUAUAAAUGGAAAUUCUGAGAAGGAGGCCAUUAAAUGUCUGCUGGGGAAAGGAGACUGCAGUAAUGUCGGUCAGGCAGAGACCAAGCAGGAUGCUAUUAAGACCUGGUCAGGCUCUGGGUGCUCCAACAGCCUGGAGGGCCUGUCAAUAUGCCCCGUCCAGUCCACCCUUCCACAGCCCAGCAUCCUGGCCAGCACCCCCCAGCCCAGCCCCCAAUCCACCAGCCCUCUGGCAUCUGUCCCCCUAGUUAAUGUCAACAUCACUGUUACCUACCCUGUGAACAUAGGAAAUGAGUUAUGCUCCAGACCUACCAGCACCCAGAUAGACUCACCACAAGCCGACCCCGAGACCCCUUUAUCAAGGGAGGAGGAGGUGUAUGUGAACAUGCCGCAGCGAGAGAGUUGCAAAGAGGCACUUACGGCAGUACAGGAGUUUGGAAAUGAUGUAUGAGGACUGGAGGCAUAUGGGGGAGGAUCAGGCAAUAGAUUGUGUUUUAGUGAUGUUAUUUUCAUUGUGACUGUUGUCUCUGUUAUAUGGUUGCUACUUGAAGUACUGGUGGUGACUUUGUGUUGGUAGAGAGGGACAGAAUGACUGUUCAUGUGCCUCAGGUAGGAUUUCCCAAACUUUGCACAAUUUGCAUAAGUUAUACCCAGGGAGGGUACCCGAGUUUGGGAAACCCUGGUAUAUACCCUGAUAUAAUGUGCUGUCUGUGCUGGAAAGUCUUGAACACCUGAUUUAGAUAGUCAUUAACUGUUUGAAGAAUUAUUGAUAAGUGAAUGAUGUAUGCAAUUACUGUGAAUGUUGUUGUAAGUAUACUGUAGAUGUGACACGGCUCAAGGUAUCCCGAAAUCUUUUAUCAUAAGUAAGCAAGAACCUUUCCUACACAUGCCAUACUUUUGGGGGAAUUCAUUAUGGCCUGUGCCAUAUGAGAAGAUUUCAUUUGUAUUCUUAUGAGGGAAGAGCGUGCCUAUACUUUCCAGAGUAAGGGUUCUGUGUCUCUUUUUUGAAUCAAACUGAAAUGGUAGACUAAAUGAAACUGCUUUGUUUGUUGUUGUUUUUGGCCUACACCUGUUGAACCGUGUGCAGAUCAUGAGUAAUACAUUCUCAACAUCAGCUCAAUAAGAAGUUAAGAAUGAUGGAUGAGACAUUUUUGUAUGAAGGGUAUAUUGUUUUUCUCUAAUACUAUCACCACCUACUGGUGGAACAAAUAUAUAUAUAUAUAUAUAUAUAUAUAUAUUUUUUUUUUUACAGUUUAUGCACAUAAUAUGAUUUAGUAUUAUCCAGCAACUAUAUUUGGAUUAUUAGAGUGGCCUACAGUAAAAAAAUAUAUAUAUAAAAAAAAGGAAUAAAAAGGUUGAAAAAGUUGAUUGAUGCUCCAAUAGGUACACACAGCAAAGUGAUGUUUUCAACAAAGUACGGAAGCAAACUUUCCCCAUUUCUUUUUGGGGGGGGGGUAUUAUAACUGGAUUAUAGCUCCUGUCCAAAUGCCGUGAAUUAUAUAUACUGUGCAUGUCAUAGUCCCCAGUCAACUCCAUUACACUCAAAAUGUACUUAAACCAGUGAAUGCUAGCGAUGGCUAGCUAUGCUAGCUAUUCUACCAGUCUGUCUUAAUGAGUGUUAGCAUGCUAAUAGCACAACAUGUACACAGAAAUGUAUUUUUUAAGGGGUAUGCAGUAGGUUGAUAACUAUGUCACCAAAGUAUGUUGUAUCAUAAGACAUGUCAAAUAACAUUCCCAGCUAAUGAGAAAACAGUCAUGGUAUUUCAUUUCAGAGAAUGAACAAGAUUUAACAAGGCAACCUUGGGGCUAAGUUGAAUGGGCAACAACAGCAGAUUGAGGGAUUUUUACAUCUGUACCUCAGUACGACCCACGUGACCGCAGUCAACAUCCCUACGUGAGGGACUGUCCCUUAGAUCCCCUUCCCUUCCUUAUUGUAUUAUAUGCUUUGUUAAUAAAACAUUUAAAAAGCA